AGUUGGGGCCGCCGCCCGCUGGUCCGCCGCCCUGCGCCAUGGCGGGCUGCGCGGCGCGGGCUCCGCCGGGCUCCGAGGCGCGCCUCAGCCUCGCCACCUUCCUGCUGGGCGCCUCGGUGCUCGCGCUGCCACUGCUCACGCGCGCCGGCCUGCAGGGCCGCACCGGGCUGGCGCUCUACGUGGCUGGACUCAACGCGCUGCUGCUGCUGCUCUACCGGCCGCCGCGCUACCAGAUAGCCAUCCGAGCCUGUUUCCUUGGCUUUGUGUUUGGCUGUGGAGUGCUACUCAGUUUUAGCCAGUCUUCCUGGAACCACUUUGGCUGGUAUAUGUGCUCCCUGUCAUUGUUCCACUAUUCUGAGUACUUAGUCACAGCAGUCAAUAAUCCCAAGAGUCUGUCCCUGGAUUCCUUUCUCCUGAAUCACAGUGUGGAGUAUACAGUAGCAGCUCUUUCCUCUUGGAUAGAGUUCACACUUGAAAAUAUCUUCUGGCCAGAACUGAAGCAGAUCACCUGGCUCAGCGCCACGGGGCUGCUGAUGGUGGUCUUUGGAGAGUGUCUGCGGAAAGCGGCGAUGUUUACAGCUGGUUCCAAUUUCAACCACGUGGUGCAGAAUGAAAAGUCAGACACCCACACUCUGGUGACAAGCGGAGUAUACGCUUGGUUCCGGCAUCCUUCUUAUGUUGGAUGGUUUUACUGGAGUAUCGGAACCCAGGUGGUGCUGUGUAACCCCAUCUGCGGCGUGAGCUACGCUCUGACAGUGUGGCGCUUCUUCCGCGACCGGACAGAGGAGGAGGAGAUCUCGCUGAUUCACUUUUUUGGAGACGAGUACCUGGAGUAUAAGAAGCGGGUGCCCACGGGCCUGCCUUUCAUAAAGGGGGUCAAGGUGGAGCUAUGAUAGGCCCUGGGCGGCCCAGGCCAGGCUGGGGCCCCCCCGCUCCAGGCAGCGUGGGAUGGAACUACUUCCUGUCGGCCAUGCUGCAGAACGGACUUUCUUAAAUCAUUUUGUGUGUCACCAGUGACUCUUCUGGAAUAUCACUCAAGAUCAAAUGGUCAGAAGGCCUUAGGACCAAAGGACCCCACUCCCACCCCGACUCCCACCUCCCCGCUGCCCGGAGCAGCCUGUUCCCGGGCUGCAUCAAGGUAGGACAUAGAUUAAAGGUGGACAAGAAGCAAAUAACCGCAGUCCUUGGCAGUGACCCCCGACGCGCCUGGGCAGAGCCUCGGCCACACUCCAUCCCCCACGAGGCCAGGGCUGUUAAGUUGUAACCCAGACCCUUGGGGAGAGGUGGGCUCACUCCUGAUGCUGAGUGAGGCUCCUGCAGCAGGAAGGGGUACGUGGGCACCAGUACUUGCUAGUGUUAGAAACCCAUUCAGAAUCCUUCCUUUGACCGAAACACACAAACAGCACAGCUUUAACCUCCCUGUUUCUGUCCUUAAGUGCAUGAGCAUCUCUACAAUUUUAAAGACACUUCCUUAUAAGGCACUUUGGCUCUUCAUAUAUCUCAUCCUGUUUACUUACCUGUUUUCAAAAACAGCAGUACGAACUCAGGGGACUCGCUUGGCGUGUGAGCCCCACCUUUCACUUGGCAGAAAGGCAGCACAGACACCUCCAGAUGACUCAGCUGCUGCUCUGUGUUACCAGGGCUCCCCGGGCCAGGGACACUGUGGGCCCCUGUGGCUUUCCUGGGUCCUGGCUCCUCCCAGAAGGGGGCUGUUACCAGUGACAGGCAUGUCAAAGGUGUGUCAUUUCUCCUUUAUCCAAAAAAAAUGCUUCCUGGACACCUGCUCUGUGCAAGGCAUUGUUAAACGUUGAGAAAUACCGCUCUCCGUUUACUUGGGGUUUUUUCUUAUUCUAUCAUAGCUUAUAUUUUUGUGUUUUGACUUAAAUCUGUUAACCAUUGAUUUCUAUGUUCUGUUCUCAAAAUUCCAUCGUCCCUAAUGCCAUUUCAAACUGUCUUUUCCAAAGGGGUUUGAGCAUAAACAACUAUGAAAUUCCAGCAAGCCAACUCAAAAAAAAUAGGGCAAAUAAUCGCAGCUGAGAUUUAGUCAGUGCUUUUGUUGUUCAAGUUCGGGAAGAUUGGCUUUACGAGUCAAACAUAUAAGCUUUGAGACCCUUGUUGAAUUCUGGACCAGAGAGCAACUUGCUCUCGGUGUGAAUUCCUUCCAUGCAGUCCUGCAGUGGCACCAACAGAGCGUGAAUCAGAGGUGGCAUCGGCCCCUGGCUGGAGUGCUGCCACGCCACGCCACGCCACGCCACGCGACGCGGUUUUCAAGGAGCCACUAAACCUUUCCGUGCCUAGACCUCCCCAUCUGUAGGAUGGGGUCAAUACCACCUACCUCGCAGGGGUCUUGUGAAGACUUAGAAGAACAAUGUCAAACGUUUUUACUACUUUGGUGACAGAGAUGACAUAAACGAAACCAGUAUUGCAUGAAUUACACAAAAAUGGACAUUUGACUCACUGUACCAGAUACCGGGAAUGUGUGUUCAAAAAAGCAUUCUACCAACUCGAAAUAUUAACUUAUUUCUAGAUUUCAUGGCCUAAUUAGUGUUUUUCAUCAUUAUAUAUACCAAAGAGGUUUACAGGUUCAUCGCUGACAGGUGUGACAUUUGCUGGUUUGAGGACCGGACAGAUUCCAGCCUCGGCCUCCUGAGGUCUCGCAGGCAGACAGCCCAGGCAGCAGCCAGGGUCUCGCGGCAGAUUCUUCUGGCGGGAACACUGCCCGGCGGGACAUCAACAUGCACUUACUGUGUUUGAGGACUUGAGUCAGUGCUAACCUUGUUCUGCAGACCACUCCUAGUGAAAUACACUCCCCUUCAUAGGAUUGCAAAACUGAGGAGGGUGUAGCUGGGGUUUUGGCGGCCACCCCCAGCUCUUUGAGGGAAAGUUCUUUCUUGCUGCAUCUAGCAGGUUAGGACCCAGCUUUCAUUACCAGUGGGGGUCGUGAAGUUGUCUCUUUAGCAGAUGGAGAGGAGCUAGUGACGACCCUGGCUUUGUGGACAGUAAGGCCGGAGGUGUUGGCCUCUGACGGUGUGUCCUUCCUCCGCCGGCCUGCCAGGCCUGGAGCUCAGGAGGCAGGCCCUGGUGUCGGCAGGGAGAUGCUGCUGUCACACCACCUGGGCUGGACGUGACAUUCUGCUCUGCUUGAAAGAGCAGUUCCACAAGCAAGUUCCCACCCUGAUUUGUAACCCAGGGCGGAAGUCCGCAAUUACUUGGGGAUCAGAGAUGAACUACUUAGGGGCAGGAUUUGGCAAGUGAUUGACUUUCAUCUAGCACUGAGAUCUUCAGGUUAUUUUUACCUUUAUAAGUUCAGCAGUGACAGCGCACAAGGAAGAGAAUCAGGUUAAUGGGGUACAGGCUUUUUGGGUAUUCCCGAAAGCUUACUUUGGGUAAAGGCCACAUCACCGGUCCCCUCAAAUUAAGAAACCGUCAGGAGAUUUCUUUUUCCAUUGCAGGUUUCAAAGCGGAGACUCUGAAAUGGAAAAUAGGCACUGCACAGAACAAAGCUAUUUUGAAGCAGUGCAAAAUGAAACACUUCACGAGGGUUUGCAGGCUGGGGCCGAGACCGGUGGUUUACUGAAACGAGGUUGUAGGUGAGCCUGGCAGAGGGCAGGAGGCAGCGCACCCCGCCGGCCCUUCAUUGUCAUAAACUGCUGCAUAAACCUACAAAGUGAACUUUAUCAAUCCCUUCCACUUGUUUAGCACUCUGGGUGAUUAACAUGAUGGGGGAACGUCGCUAAACCCACCGGUCGUGUUGACACGUGAGGUUCCGUAGGGUCUCGACUGCAGCUCCGUUUGGUCGCAGCCCCUCUGUGACAGGAACAGUGAACCACUGUCCCUUCUCUGCACUUUCUUACUGCCUUAGAUAGUUGUGCCCUCCCUCUGUGUUUUGCUUCUGCAGUGACUUGGUGAGGCCAGGCGACCCCAGCCUGUCUGGCAUGGUGCGAGAGGCUUGCUGUCUGUGCCCCGCUGUGGGGGCCUGACGCCCUGUCCUGGGCUCGGUCCCAAGCGCUUGCCCCUGCAGGACUGUCCCGUAGCUUAGGCUAGGAGAGUAACCUAAUGGGGUAAUUACUCUUCUUUUUACAUGCAGAAAUGUUUAUUUAAAUAUUGGAUUUUCUUUCACAGAAAUUAUUUCCAAUGCUUAAAUAAAGCUGUACUUGAUUUCA